GGGUGAGUAAGAACAGAAGACAGUCAAGCACAAAGGAAAAGAGCAAGAGUAGAAAAGGCGAAGAAGAAGAAGAAGAGAGGGAGAGAGAGAGAGCAGGACAAUCCGAAGAUCAAAAUGCAUCCCAACUUCGCCGGCACCUGGAAGAUGAGGAGCAGUGAGAAUUUCGAUGAACUUCUGAAAGCUCUCGGUGUGAAUGCAAUGCUGCGUAAAGUGGCCGGCGCUGCAGCUGCCAAACCGCACGUUGAAAUCCGUCAGGACGGAGAGCAGUUUUACAUCAAGACCUCCACCACCGUACGCACCACCGAAAUCAACUUUACCGUCGGAGAGGAGUUUGAUGAGGAGACUGUGGACGGCAGGAAAUGUAAAAGCUUUCCCACAUGGGAGACAGAAAAUAAAAUCUACUGCAAACAGAGGCUGGUGAAUGGAGAUGGACCUGUGACGUACUGGAGCAGAGAGCUACGUGGAGAUGAACUCAUCUUGACAACAUACUGCUCAACUGAUCUAUUACAAAGAUGACAAGAACAUACCCUUCCUUGCUUGUUAAGCAGCUUUUUUUACAAUCUUUGGGGCCGAUGACGUGGUUUGUACGCGGAUUUACGUUCGAGAAUGAGGUUACAGCGGUUCCACAGAUGACCAUAAAUAACGCAACCCAACAUUCCUCCAUUUCACAUCCAAGAAAUAAACCAUUCAUGCAUGUCAGAGUGUCACCAUGCAGUCUUGCAGUGCAUUGUGGGAUUGACUGCGAUCUGUAUAUUGCUCCAGUUCAAUAUCAUCCGUGACUGUUAUCUUCAUUCAAUUGAUUUCUGUCGCUCUUUCGUGUGCAAAUAUGUGUACUGCAAACAAAAACUGUAAUAAAAAUUAAAAACGAA